AUAAAAGAGAACAUAACGGCCUAAUAUGAAUCAAACAUAAUCUUCCUCUUCCCUUUCCCCCCCUUUUUUCUCUGUUAAUUAAUCAUCCAACUGAAAUUCUCAAAAUAGCUAGUAUCAAUUAUUUCCUCUUUUUCUUAUUGACAUCUUCGCUCUUGUUCUAAUCAAACCUUGUUUCCAACGUUGUACUUUGCUUCACUUUUUUUUUUUUGGUUUUAUCCAAAGAUUCUUUUUAUACAAAUUUCAUAUACUUUCUGUUGAAUUCUUGGUGUUUUUGCAUUAUUCCAAUAAAAUCUUUGGUUUUAAUUUCAUCUCUUUUGAUCAUGGCUUCAAUGUCUAGUUCCAUUCAGUUUUCUCUACAAAGAUCAAUUUUUUCUUCACCCCACAAACUUGCUAGUAGAAAUUUAACUAAUUUAGUUCCUUUGAGAAGUUUCUCAAUUGUUUCAGAUUCCAAAAGCUUUGAACUUUCACCUGUGGGGUUGUCCAGUAAGCCCCUUAAAUUAUUUAAAUACAGUCAACUACUGAAGCCAAGAAAUACUGUUGAUGUUUUUAUCACAAAGGCUGCAGCUGCUGAUGCAAAGGGUCAUGACAUUGAAAUUACUGAUGGGUAUGCUAAACCAACUAAAGGCUUUGCCGAAAAGUUUCCAGCUCUAGUUACUGGAUUCUUUUUCUUCACCUGGUACUUUCUGAAUGUGAUUUUCAAUAUACUCAACAAGAAGGUCUACAAUUAUUUCCCAUACCCAUACUUUGUUUCAGUCGUACAUCUCCUAGUUGGAGUUACCUAUUGUCUUAUUAGUUGGUCUAUUGGUCUACCUAAACGUGCACCCAUCAAUAAGGAACUUCUGGUACUGCUCACUCCAGUAGCAUUCUGUCAUGCUCUUGGACAUGUUAUGUCUAAUGUAUCAUUUGCAACUGUUGCUGUAUCCUUCACUCAUACCAUCAAAGCUCUGGAGCCAUUCUUCAGUGCAGCUGCUUCUCAGUUUGUCUUGGGGCACCAGAUUCCUGUCUCUCUGUGGUUAUCACUGGCCCCUGUUGUCAUUGGUGUAUCGAUGGCUUCAUUGACUGAACUGUCAUUCAAUUGGACUGGCUUCACUAGUGCAAUGAUCUCAAAUAUUGCUUUUACUUACAGAAGUAUCUACUCAAAGAAAGCAAUGACUGGAAUGGAUAGCACAAAUGUAUACGCAUAUAUUUCAAUCACGGCCCUCCUGUUUUGCCUCCCUCCAGCCAUAUUUAUUGAAGGACCCCAACUAAUGCAGUAUGGUUUCAGGGAUGCCAUCACUAAAGUAGGCCUUUAUAAGUUCUUAUCUGACCUCUUUUGGAUAGGGAUGUUCUAUCAUCUGUAUAACCAGGUAGCUACCAACACAUUAGAGCGGGUUGCGCCACUUACACAUGCUGUUGGAAACGUACUGAAGCGAGUUUUUGUGAUUGGUUUCUCUAUUGUGGUAUUUGUAUCAAUCAAGAACUUUCGAAGUCCAAGCUUCCCGCAAGCUAUUGAGUCCUCGUUGAAGAGUUCUUUUCUACUUUGGUUGCCAAAGUUCCCUCUCAGGGCUAAGAGAGUCUGUUACAUUUCUGCUGCAGUGCAUAAAAGCUACUGGAAACAAAAUAUCAACUCAAACUGGGAUUGGUACUGCAAUAGCCAUUGCAGGUGUUGCUAUCUACUCUUUAAUAAAGGCAAGGAUGGAAGAGCAAAAGCGGAAGGCUGCCCCUGCUCAUGAACAAUAGGGCACACUAAGAAAGAAGAGGGAAAUACUGGAGACAAAAAGUGCCAGCAGCGCAGAGAUGAUCUGAUUAAUGCAGGAGAAUAGUCACCUCAUCUCAGCUAUGGCAUUUUAAUUAUUUUAGUCUACUUGUUUCUUCUGUACAAUUGUGAAUUGGCCUCAUUUUGUUGGUUUGAAUAUUCACAAGUUAGAUACAAGCUGAUAAAUUCAGCUGGCCUUAAGAAGAGGAAAAGAGACCCUAGGAAAGUUUUAAAUUGCUACAAGCAAUGAUAUUUAAUCAACCAUCUAUCAAGUCGUUAGCAAAAUGGUCCCCAUUAACAAACUAAAAGGGGCCAACAUAUUAGUACGGUAGACUGUGCAAGUGAUCCCAGAGUCAGUGCAGCAACAUCAAUCCGGCAUAUUCAGUACUUUAUUCAAGAUUAAACAGCAUGUUCCGAUGGUUCUCUGUGCCCAUUCAGAUGUCGAACUGUUUGGCCCAGGAUUCCACCCGAUUGUCAGAUUCAUAGUCCAUCUCUCGAGUACAUUGCCUUCGGAUCUUUUUCAGCAUUUCCUCAGAUGGUUUAUAUUGUGCACGCACAGCGGCGGACCCAGGAAUUUAUACAAGCGGGUUCAGAAAAGGAUUAAAUGCUCAACUUCAUCCGAUAGUAUAUGCAAUAUCAGGCUUACCAAAUGGAGCAUACCUUCCGUUUUUGUUUGGGUUCAAAAAAAUGAUUUGCUCCCCAA